AGAUGGGCGGGAUUUCUGGUAGGCUGGUGUUUUGUGUGUAUACUGUGUAAAUGAUAAAGUAUUUAAAGUAUCGCGUUAGUGUUGCGCUCGAGAAUGUCCUUGAGAAGUUCUGGGACGACGUGCGCAGUUCGCGGCUGUCACUAUAACAGAACGAAACUUAACAUGUGGCUAAAACAAGAGUGUUUUGAUCACAAACCGCUCACAAAAUCAGAGUGUUCCUGUCCGCAGUGGUUUUCCUUCUUUCGACUGCCUGCUGCCGAGGAGGACAGGAGGAUUUGGCUAUUGAAAAAGCCACCAAACAAUCUGUACGUGUGCAGCUUUCACUUUGUUGACAAGAAACCUACAGCAGAGAAUCCUUAUCCAACACUAUGGCUCGGCUAUUACAGACCUCCGGAAAAGAAGCGCCGUAAACUGCAAAGAAAAGAUACCAGCACGGUGUCUACAGAUGAGUGCGGUGAUGCAAGAAGUGAGGAUGUUACGUACCGUGAUGCUGAGAUUCUGGAUGGAUGCUACACUGGAAGACCAAAAUAAUGUGCUUUAAUGAGAUCCAGCAUCAAUACAACAAAGAGUUUGGUUUCAAAUGUAUGUGUGUCUAUCUCAGUGCUUCCAGAAGAGCUGUUGAAGUUUAGUAUUUUUAAUGAUGCUCAUGAAACUGAAGCUUAAUUCAGUCAUAACUGAUCUGUCACAUCAUUUGGGAGUGUCUUGGGAUUGUUAGUGUGUGGACUGACGUGAUGUCUGAAGCGCUUGUCCCAGCUGCUACCCCACGACGCCCUUACUUUGACCAAAGCGACCUGCACUUCAGCAGGUUCCUCAGUAGCACAUGCAUCAUUAGUCUCUGUUCAGAGAGUGUGCUCUAACCAAAGAACCUGGAUGCAAAAAGUGAGAAAGUAACAUGCAAAAGGGAGAAUGUUAUGACACUUUUAUUGUAAGGAAAAAAAGAUGCAAUGAAAGUGAAUGAUGCUAAACACUUCCAUUUUCUGUUUCUCUAAAUAAAGUCACACAAAUAAAGUGAAGUUAUCUUUGCUUUUUGGGUGAACUAACCUUUUAAUAAUUCAUAUUGUUGAAUAAAGGAUGAAGCUGGUUUAAAAUGUAAAAUGAAAGGAUAUAGUAGUUUCUUUAAACAUGAACUGUAUACACACUGUAGACAGAUAAAAAACAGAAAAAAAAACGAAUGAUUUUCCUCAUCACCCUAGCCACUUUUUUUUUUUUUUUUUUUUUUUUUGAAUAUUGUGAAUAUUCCUUUUGCUUAAUCAUUUUAUGUUGGCUUUAAUAAAAAUGU